AUGACUCCAUCUUAUGAGUUUAAAGAGUUAUGUAUUAGCAAGAUCCAAGACAUAUAUUACCAGUUUCGUUAUAUCAAAACUCAUACAAUUGGAAAAAGCUGUGGAUCAAUAAACAUCGACGAUAUCACACCAAUACAAUUAAAUUUUGAUCCAUUUGUAUUUCACGAGCUGAAUAUUACUAGUGCUGGAAGAUUUACGACGAGUGAAGUUCAAUUUUAUGACAACUCUAAUUCGCAAAAUGUCGAAAUUGAUUUACGCCUUAGUUCCGCUAAAUCAAGUGAUAUUUCUUUCAAAUACGAGACAAAUGGCGCGACUAAAAUAAUAAAUAUGCAUGAAUCAAAAAUCACUUGGGCAUUUUGGGACUCAAAUUUUUACUUCAAGGCAAAAUGCGGACGAGCUCGUAUUGAUAUCCACUUGCCUCAUCUUGCAAAUGCUACCGAUUUAUUGUUUAACCUCGGUUUUUUGGAUGUCAAAUUUUUCACAUUCUCGGAUCCUUCGAAAGUCCCAAAGUUGAAUGUAAUCACUUCUUCUGGUGACAUUAAACUUUUGAAUGCGUCGAUUGAUAAGUUGUCGCUUUCAACUAAUAAGGGGGGUUAUGUAAAAGGAAACUUUGUUUCUGUUCAACGUAAUUUAUCUGUUGUUACAACAAAAGGAGACGUGGAGUUAAAUAUAAACACCGCGAAUGGUACUGCAAUUCAAGUGAAUACGAUGAAUGGAGAUGUAGAAAUAUAUCUCAACAAUACUUUUUCCGGACAAUAUAACAUUUCAACUUCAUCCGGCGACCUCAAAACCAUUAACCCCAACAUAACGAAUGUGAAAAAUACCGAUGGAACUAUAACAUCGUCACUUUCGCGAAACGCGUCCUUGUUUAUUUCUACUGAAAGUGGCGACAUUGAUGUCGAUUUCAGAGGUUCAAAAGAUUAUUCGUCCUCUGCUGAAGAAUCUUUACAAGGCACUAUUUUAGUCACUUUACGGAAUUUGUUUGUGAUUUGGAUUAUUAUGCUUAUUUUUGGGUAG